GAGCAUUCGAGGAACAUUCGACAGGGAAAUGCUUCUGAUUGUUUGUGUCUGACAAUUGAAUUGGAAUGACGACGACGGAGGUUCAAAGCGCUAAGGAGGAAGAAAUUGUUGACAUCACAAAUCAGGCGAAAGACACGGAGCAAGAUCUCCCAGGAGACACAUUGUCCAAGUCACAGAAAAAGAGGCUUAAGAAGAAAGCUACAGCCGAGAGAAAGAAAAAUGAACCUGGAGCAAUCGGGCACGAGGGUGCUAGUGCCCAGGAGGCAGCAGCACCUUCACAGAACAGCAAUGGAUCUGCAAAGAAAGGCGAAGGCCCCAAGAAGCAAACAGAGCCCCCAUCCAUUCCUGUGGCGGACCUUUUCCCUUCCAAGAUAUUUCCUGAAGGGGAGCGACAGUCGUACAACAACGAUCAGCGCUGGAGGGAGACGUCAGAAGAGAAAAGGGAGCUUGAACGCCUUGAGUUUGACAUCCUGAAUGAAGUGCGGCAAGCUGCAGAAGUCCACCGCCAGGUCCGCCAAUACAUACGGACAAUUGCAAAACCGGGCAUUGGUAUGACGGAUUUGUGCGAACGCCUGGAGAAUUGCGUCCGGCAGCUCAUAUCUGAGAAUGGCCUGGAGGCUGGCAUUGCAUUUCCCACCGGGUGCUCCCUCAAUUAUGUUGCGGCGCACUGGACACCCAAUGCAAAUGAUACAUCCGUCCUGCAGUACAAUGACGUCAUGAAGCUCGAUUUUGGAACGCAGAUCAACGGAAGGAUUAUCGACAGUGCAUUCACAGUGGCUUUCAACCCACGCUAUAACCCUCUCCUCAAGGCAGUGAGGGAGGCAACAGAUACAGGCGUGAGGGAGGCUGGCAUAGAUGUGCGUCUGUGCGACAUUGGCGCAGCAGUGCAGGAGGUCAUGGAGUCACACGAGGUGGAGCUGGAUGGCAAGGUGUACCAGGUCAAGUGCGUGCGGAACCUGAACGGCCACUCCAUUGCUCCCUACCGCAUCCAUGCCGGCAAGAGCGUUCCAAUAGUGAAGGGAGGUGAAGCCACUCGCAUGGAAGAGGGCGAGUACUUCGCAAUCGAGACCUUUGGCUCCACAGGGAGGGGGUACGUGCACGAGGACCUUGACACGAGCCAUUACAUGAAAAACUUUGAUGUGGGGCACGUUCCCUUGCGUCUGCCGAGGGCCAAGGCUCUCCUCAACGUGAUCGAUCGGAAUUUUGGCACAUUGGCUUUCUGCAAAAGGUACCUGGAUCGGCUGGGUGAGACAAAGUACCUCAUGGCAUUGAAGAACCUCUGCGAUGUGGGUAUUUUGGAUCCAUAUCCGCCGCUCUGUGACACAAAGAGCUCAUAUGUCGCCCAAUUUGAGCAUACCUUGUACUUGCAUCCUACCAGGAAAGAAGUCUUGUCAAGGGGCCCAGAUUACUAACCAAGAAAGAGACAAGUCUACCAGCUCAUUGUGGCAAAGCCUCAGGCGGCCUGUGCCUCUGUUAUGCCAUGCACCGUGCAACAUUUCCCAUGGCAUGCAAGUAGAGACUUGAACAGCACUUAUGAAUCCCUUAUGCAUAGGUUGAGCCCUGUAGAAGAGAAUGGAUGCUGGACUGUGAUCUUGGACUGUGUCCUAGCAAAUUGCCGUGACAAUUCAUUAACGAUCUAUGCGUAUC